GGCGAGGCGAGGCGGCCGCCGGCCGAUCCGGGACGCUGACCGCCAGGAGCCGGACACCACUCCCAUCUGUGGAAAAUUAGUAACCUCUCAGAGGCGCCCUUGCUUCUUCCGGGACGCCGAGCAUCAUGGUUUCUCAUUUCAUGGGGUCGUUCAGUGUCCUGGGUUCCCUCCUGCUGCUUGGACUCCAGCUCGUCUGCCCACAGCCCUCCACUGAACACAGAAAGGUCCCGCAGCGGAUGGCGGCGGCCCAGGGCGUCCCCGAGGACAGCGGCGGCGGCGGCGGCUCCCCGGGCGUGUGGGGCGCCUGGGGACCCUGGUCCGCCUGCUCGCGCAGCUGCAGCGGCGGCGUGAUGGAGCAGACGCGGCCCUGCCUGCCCAGCUCGUACCGCGCGCGUGGGUCCCUGCGUCCCGGAGCGCCCCCGCGCGCCUUCGCUGGCCACGUGGUGUCGGCCGUGCGCACGUCGGUGCCGCUGCACCGGAGCCGCGAGCGCCAGGAGUUGCGCGCCCCGGUCGGUCCCGAUGCCAGCCGCCAGGGCCCCGGGUCGCGGGGCAGCCGACACCCGCAGGCGAGGGCCCGCGACCCCACGGCGGAAAGAAGGAGCAGGACCCGCGGCCCCAUCGGCCCUGGCAAGUAUGGCUACGGUAAGGCCCCGUACAUCCUGCCGCUGCAGACGGACUCCACGCACUCGCCGCAGAGGCUUCGGAGGCAGAGGCCUUCCAGGUCGCAGGGGGCAUCGGGUCCCAGCCACGGCUACAGCCCGCCGGCCCACCGGGCUCCCCAGCACAGGCCUCUGUACCAGACUGACGGGGGCCCCCGUUCUGGACUGCAGACCUCCGAGGCCUCCGUCUACCAGCUGCCGUUGACCCAUGACCCAGGCUUCCCCGCAGCUUCCAGUCUCUUCCACGGCCUGGAAAGCAGCAGCAGCCAUGACCCGGGGGCCCCCAGGGCAGCGCAGAGCUCCUCACAGCCCGCCCGGUCUGCAGCCAUCUCCUGCAUCGGGGCCUACCGACAGUACAAGCUGUGUAACACCAACGUGUGUCCAGAAAGCAGUAGAAGCAUCCGGGAAGUCCAGUGCGCGUCCUACAACAACAAGCCCUUCAUGGGCCGCUUCUAUGAAUGGGAGCCGUUUGCAGAAGUAAAGGGCAACCGGAAGUGUGAGUUGAACUGCCAGGCAAUGGGCUACCGCUUCUACGUCCGCCAAGCUGAGAAGGUCAUUGAUGGUACCCCCUGUGACCAGAAUGGCACGGCCAUCUGCGUGUCUGGGCAGUGCAAGAGCAUUGGCUGUGACGACUACCUGGGCUCAGACAAGGUGGUGGACAAAUGCGGGGUGUGCGGCGGCGACAACACAGGCUGUCAGGUUGUGUCGGGCGUGUUCAAGCACGCCCUUACCAGCCUGGGCUACCAUCGCGUGGUCGAGAUCCCCCAAGGAGCCACCAAAAUCAACAUCACCGAGAUGCACAAGAGCAACAACUAUUUGGCUUUGCGAAGUCGUUCCGGCCGCUCCAUCAUCAACGGGAACUGGGCGAUUGACCGGCCGGGAAGGUACGAGGGUGGAGGGACCAUGUUCACCUACAAGCGUCCGAAUGAGAUUUCGAGCACCGCUGGAGAAUCCUUUCUGGCUGAAGGCCCCACGAAUGAGAUCUUGGAUGUCUAUAUGAUCCACCAGCAGCCCAAUCCCGGAGUCCACUAUGAAUACGUCAUCAUGGGGACCAACGCCAUCAGCCCGCAGGUGCCUCCUCACAGGAGACCAGGGGAGCCCUUCAAUGGCCAGCUGGGAUCAGAUGGGAGGAGCCAGGAGGAGGGAGCAGAGAAAGAGGGGGCCGAGGAGAAGGAAGAUGUGCAUGGCGGGGCCCCCCAAGUAUUCACCUCGGAAUCAGCACAGACCUUCCCAGUCAGGCAUCCAGACGGAUUUUCCUCCCACCGACCCGACAAUCUGGUUCCAGCGGCCCCGCAGCCCCCAAGGCGAAGCCGGGACCACAACUGGAAACAGCUCGGGACCACAGAAUGCUCCACGAGUUGUGGGAAAGGAUCGCAGUUCCCUAUCUUUCGCUGUGUACACAGAAACACCCACGAAGAGGUUCCUGAGAGCUACUGCGACUCCAGCAUGAAGCCUACCCCUGAGGAGGAGCCCUGCAACCUCUUCCCUUGCCCAGCCUUCUGGGACAUCGGAGAGUGGUCCGAGUGCAGCAAAACCUGCGGCCUGGGCAUGCAGCACCGCCAGGUCCUGUGCCGCCAGGUGUACGCCAACCGCAGCCUGACGGUGCAGCCCUAUCGCUGCCAGCACCUGGAGAAGCCCGAGACCACCAGCACCUGCCAGCUCAAGAUCUGCAGCGAGUGGCAGAUCCGGACGGACUGGACCUCGUGCUCAGUGCCCUGCGGAGUGGGGCAGAGGACCCGAGAUGUGAAGUGCGUGAGCAACAUCGGGGACGUGGUGGACGACGAGGAAUGCAACAUGAAGCUCCGGCCCAAUGACAUUGAGAACUGCGACAUGGGGCCCUGUGCCAAGAGCUGGUUCCUCACCGAGUGGAGUGAACGGUGCUCAGCAGAGUGUGGGGCUGGAGUGCGGACACGCUCCGUGGUGUGCAUGACGAACCACAUCAGCAGCCUGCCCCUGGAGGGCUGUGGGAACAACCGGCCUGCGGAGGCCACCCCUUGUGACAAUGGGCCCUGCACGGGCAAGGUGGAGUGGUUUGCAGGGAGCUGGAGUCAGUGUUCCAUCGAGUGUGGGAGUGGGACCCAACAGAGGGAGGUGAUUUGUGUUAGGAAGAAUGCGGACAUCUUUGAAGUCCUGGACCCCUAUGAAUGUUCCUUCCUGGAGAAACCCCCCAGCCAGCAAUCGUGCCACCUCAAGCCUUGUGGGGCCAAAUGGUUUAACACAGAAUGGAGCAUGUGCUCCAAGAGCUGCCAGGGUGGCUUCCGGGUCCGCGAAGUACGCUGCCUGUCAGAUGACAUGACCAUAAGCAAUCUCUGUGACCCGCAGUUGAAACCAGAAGAGAAAGAAUCUUGUAACCCUCAGGACUGUGUCCCUGAAGUUGAUGAAAACUGCAAGGACAGGUACUACAACUGCAACGUGGUGGUCCAGGCGCGACUCUGCGUCUACAACUACUACAAGACCGCCUGCUGCGCCUCCUGCACCCGCGUGGCCAACAGGCAGGCGGGCUUCCUGGGGAGCAGAUAA